GCACGAUGCUACCUGACUUUGCCCCCAUCGAUGGGGCGGUGCUCUUUGGAUUGGUGGCGUCCAUCGGCAACUUACUCCAGGGGUGGGACAAUGCGAGUAUCGCAGGUUCUAUGCUCUACAUAAAGGAGGAGUUCAACUUGCAGAGCAUGCCAAUGGUUGAGGGAGCUAUCAUGGCCAUGGCACUUUUUGGUGCGACAAUGAUCACAACAAUCUCAGGGGCGUUGGCUGAUGCAUUUGGUAGGCGGAUGAUGCUACUUGUCUCUGCAGUAUUAUCAUUUAUUACUGCGAUGAUGGUAAUAUUUUGGUCUCAACAAGUUUACAUGUUACUACUCACGAGGCUUGUUAUGGGAUUCAGUAUUGGUUUGGCUGUCACACUUGUCCCAAUAUAUAUCUCAGAGAUUGCCCCUUCAGAGAUAAGAGGAAAACUAAAUACAUUCCCUCAGUUAAGUGGUUCUUUAGGGAUGUUAUUAUCCUAUUGUAUGGUGUUUUGGAUGUCCCUAAUGCCUAAGUCUCCAAGUUGGCUUGUGAGGCAAGGAAGGGUCGAUGAAGCAAAGAAAGUUUUACAAAGACUACGAAGAAGGCAAGAUGUCUCAGGUGAAAUUGCGAGUCUUAUUGAAGGCACACAAAUUGAUCAGGCUCCGUGUUUACAAGAGUACAAAAUUAGGCCUAAGGAAAGUGUAAAUGAUACAAUGGUUUUAAAUAGUGAAGACUCUGAACUGUAUGUCCUUCAAGAAGAUUUACCUCGUGUUGCCUAUAUGAUUAAGGAAACCACAGAUGAAAAUAUUGUUAGUUCUUUCACUAGUCAUGGAGCAUCCUUUUUUGAUCCACUUGUUAGCCUUAUUGGGAGUGUACAUGAGAGUUCCCUUGAGGGAUGCAAUAUGUUUGGUGAAGUAGAACAACAAUGUGCAACUAUGUGGGAUGAAGAGAAUCAAAAAGGACCCACAGAGGAUGAACCAGAACAUGAAAGAGAUGAUAUGGGGGAGAAUAUCAAUGAUCCACUGAUUGAUGGUUCAAUAGGCAGAGAAAGAAGUGAAUUGGUUACAUCGCACAGAAGAAGAGGUUUGCUUCCUUCUCGGAAAAGUGGCUAUAUUGGUGGAGGUUGGCAACUAGCAUGGAAAUCUUCUGAUGUGUUCUCAAAUGGACAAGUACAAGAUUGUAUGGACCGAGUAUACUUGCAUGAAGGUGUGCCAAACCCUGAAAAGAAAUCCAGUUUGGAUAAUUCAACAGAUUGCAAAUUCACACAAGCUACUGCUUUGGUUAAUAAGUCCGUUUUUCACAAAGAUCAGUUUGGAAGUCAGAACAUUGAUCUUCACUCGUCGGAGAAAAACUUGAAAGGCACAAAAUGGGGUAAUCUAUUAGAACCUGGAGUAAAGCGUGCAUUGAUAGCGGGUGUUGGAAUACAGUUACUUCAGCAGUUUGCUGGAAUCAACGGCAUUCUCUAUUAUACUCCACAGAUACUUGACCAAGCUGGUGUUGGGGUUCUUAUUUCCAGUAUUGGUCUCAGUUCAACUUCUGCGUCUAUUCUUAUGAGUGCCCUUACGACAUUAUUGAUGCUUCCCUUUAUUGGUAUUGCAAUGUGGCUCAUUGAUCGAGCGGGAAGAAGGAAGCUGCUUCUUGUCACCAUACCGAUCUUGGUACUAGCGCUACUUGUUUUGAUUGUUGUCAACAUUGUGGACUUGAGUGUUGGAUUACAUGCUGCCCUUUCAACAACAAGUGUCAUCGUAUACUUUUGCAUAUUUGUGAUGGGAUUUGGUCCAAUACCCAACAUUUUUUGUUCGGAAAUCUUCCCCGCCAGAGUCCGAGCCAUUUGCUCUGCUAUAUGCAGCCUCACAUUUUGGAUAAGUGAUAUCAUUGUUACAUACACCCUUCCUCUAAUGAUGAGCUCUCUCGGCUUUACUGGUGUUUUCGGGUUAUAUGCGGUGGUUUGCAUUUUGGCCAUGUUAUUUGUGUAUAUGAGAGUGCCAGAAACAAGAGGCAUGCCGCUUGAAGUCAUUGCAGAGUUCUACGCGCUUGGGCCAUAUUGGCACGCGGAUCAAAAACAGAAGGGGGAUACGAAGGACAAGGAAUCUGAAGAAACAUUUGAAGCAGUAAGAUAG